AUGGGGGGUGCUAGCACUCAAAUUGCUUUUGAACCUAGUUCUGAGGAGGCGAAGAAGCAUGCUAAUGAUUUGACUACAGUUACGAUGUGGACGUUGGACGGUCAACAGAUAGAAUAUCAAGUGUUUGUAACCACUUUCUUGGGUUAUGGCACUAAUGAAGCCCGUCGUCGUUAUAUUGAGGAUCGGAUAAGAGAUUAUACCGAAACACACGUGAAAAUCAUUAAUCCAGAGAGCUCACGGGAGCAACCGGUCUUUCUUCUGAAAGAUCCUUGCCUGCCCGUUGAUCUCGCUCUUACAGAUCGAUCUCUACCGCCACCAUAUUAUACUCUGCAAGGUACCGGAUCUUUUGAGAGAUGCCUCAAUCUCACUUACCCGCUAUUAAACAAGACGACAAAAUGCACGGAUGAACCAUGCCUAUUCAAUGGUGUACACACCCCGAACAUCGAUUUUUCGGUAAAUCAUUUCAUUGGGAUCUCAGAAUAUUGGUAUACUUCCGAAGAUGUAUUCGACCUAGGUGGUACUUGGAAUUAUCGAGAAUUCACGAAGAAAGCCAAAAGUUAUUGCGAAGAGGACUGGGAUAAAAUUUACAGCGAUUACCACGAAGGAAAAUGGAAUUCUUCGUCUAUAGACUUGCCUAGGCUAGAGAUGCAGUGUUUUAAAGCUGCAUGGUUGGCUAAUGUUCUGCAUGAGGGUAUUGGCGUUCCCAAGGAUUCCAAUUCCGACAAAAAAAUGAAAAAAAAUGUUCCCUAUUUUCAAAGUGUUAAUUCUAUUAGUGAUAUGCAAGUUAGUUGGACUCUCGGAAAAAUGGUGCUGGAGGCAUCGAGCACGAUACCUCUAUUAUUAGGCCCACGUCCUCGGCCGCCACCGAAUCCUCAGCAUCAUGGUAUACUGGGAUAUUAUAAUUUCAUGGUGGAAUGGAUGAUUGGAAUCUUCUUGUUGAUACUUCUAAUGAUUGCUGUGUGGUGGGUGUGUGCGAAAAAGAAUGGGCCAUGGAAGGGAAGAAGAUUAAGCAUUGGAUUCGUGUACUCAUUUUUACUUUCGACGAUACGAAAGGAUAAUGGACCGGAAUAUAACAGAUUAGAAGGAGGACAACACACACCAUCUGUUACAAUUCGAAGACGUAUAUCAAACUUGUUUGACUUAUUCUCCAGAGUGCUAAAUUAUGUCAAGUGGAAGAUUACGCACAAAAUGGGUAUUCCUUUUCGUAGAACAUUUGUCAAAAAGGUUGUAAUUUCGAAUGAUGAUAUGUUGUCAGUACAAGUGGCAAUUAUGGAUGAUGCAGAAGAAAUGGUUCACAUGCGAUCAUCACCUAUUAAAGAGAAUUCAUUGACAAUCAGUAUACAAGAUAUUCCACCAUCUCCUAUUACGGAUAAAGGAUCACCAACCGAACAACAGUAUUUUCCAUCGCAAAGGUAUAUCUCCAAGAAACGCCUUAGUGGUGACAGUGCAAUGCAGGGGGGAUCAUUUGAGAUAAUUAACAAAGCGUUCUCAACGCCAGUUAACUUGUCAUUAACCGGAUUGCAAUCGCGAAAUAGUAGUGUGACAAAUUUAGGGAAGUCCAAGGCUAUAAAUACAAGUAAUAUUAGUUUGGGAGGAGUACAAACAGGAGCAAACAGUGCUGGAGGAUACGCCGGUGGUAACGCCGAAGGGGGAGCCGUCAACAAUACGGCGGCAAGUCAAAACAAUGGAACGCCAAAUUAUUCGCUACGGGGUCCGAGGUCAACAUCAUCCCCGAAUCCUGGAUGGGCGGAUGAUUAUAAUGUGAUUAGUGAGGAUGGACUGGGAGUAAUGGAAUAUGAAGCGACAGAUGCAUUACCUUUAGGUUCUUUAGGACAAACUGCAGUUUUAUCGGCGAGAUCUUUACAAAAUAAUUCGAGCCCCUUGUCUUCGCCGACCAAAGAUGAUGAUUUAACAGCUUGGUACUCUACAUCCGCUUCGACUCGGCCAUUUAGUUCGAUUGCAACUUCUCCCAGGAGUUCUAUUCUGCUGCCCCCAAGCCCACAGGCGACAGGACUCGGUAAUAAUUCUAGUGUUGAAAUGACCACAUUGCAAAAUAAUAAUGGGUUAAUAGGAUUGAGUAGACCCAGUAGUAGAGCGGGGAGGACUUUAACUCCUGAAAAGAUCAAUAAUACUAAAGGACUGGGAGGUGGCCAAAACCUUGAAUAA